GGGGAUACACGUGGUAUGCACGUGAAAGCGAGCUGGGCAGCGGCAUUCUUAAAUUAUAUUGAGUUGGAUUGUAUUUGUUUUUGCAAGCCAAAAUGGGAAAUGGAAUGAACAAGAUCAUUCCAAAUUUAUACAUUGGAAAUUUUCGAGAUGCUAAAGAUGUUGUGAAACUGACAGAAAACAAUGUUGACCAUAUUGUGGCAAUUUAUGACAACCCAACUCAUGUUUUAAAGGAGUUCAAAUACAAAUGCAUAGAUGCAUCAGACUCUGUUAGCCAAGAUCUGUCAAAGUACUUUUAUGAUUGUAUAAAGUUUAUUCACAAAGCAAGGAGUGAUGGCAAUGGAGUCCUUGUUCAUUGUAUUGCUGGAGUUUCUCGAUCGACAACCAUCACCGCUGCCUAUUUGAUUGUUGUGUCGAAAUGUGGAUGGCGGGAGGCAAUAGAAGCUAUCCGGGUUUGCAGAAGCAUUGCCAAUCCAAAUUAUGCCUUCCAAAGGCAACUGGAAGAAUUCGAACUUAAAAAAGCAGAAGAGGUUCGUCGUAAGCUGCUAAAGAAGUACAAGAUUGACCCAGCCGAUCAACUUUGUGUUCAGGAACUUUUACAAGCAAAAGGCAAGCCGGAACCUCCCAUUGAGGCUAGACUUAACAGUGAAACAUUCAAGCACUACGAAAAACAGCGGCAAGGUGCAAAGACUAAUGAAAUCACUAAUUAGUUAGUUUCAUUUUAGGAAAUAAUUGUUGAAUUUUUUUGCACGAUUUUAGAUGUAUUUAUACAGUUGUUGAAUUACAAAACAACGACCCUGAUCAAUAAUUAUUUUACAAUUUUCAGCAUGGUAUAUAAUAUAUUUGAAUUUUUAUGAGACUUUAGAAAAGCAACGUCUUUUGGUUUUAAUUUUAUUUAGUGAUUAGGGUAUUUUUUGAAUUACACUUAUUUCAGCACAAUUUUAACGCAUUUUUGUCGAGGCAUAGUCGAGGUUUUAUGAAAAGGGGGAACGGAGGGACAUAACCACGUGGUCUUCACGAUUGUCGACCUAUAUAAGCUGACUUUUACCCUUUUGACACAAAUAUUGAAUCUUCCGCCGUUUUUCAAAAAUUGGUCAAGGAAUUUGAUCCAACCCUUAAAGUCUCGUUUUUUUUAUAAGGAACAAAUUCCCUGUUGAUGAAAUCCGAAUUUAUCAAUACUCGCCUGCCCGACUAACGAUUUAUCCGAGCAGAGCAGUUUUAACAGCAUGGAGUUUUUGAUCAACAUUGGGAAAUGCUAGACAUUAUAACUUUGCAACCCCAGAACAACCGUUUUUGUAAUAUUAUUAAUCUUUUUCAUAACAAAAAUUAUAUUCAGAGGAGGGAACCAUACUAGCAUUUCAGAGUACAUGACCCGAAGAAUUUUUUUGAAGGCAAGUCUGCUGACUCCUUCACUUCUUAUUGCAAACUCAGUGCCCAGUGUCAGCCGCAUGAUUAACUCCUUGAAGGAAAUGACGAUUGUUGUCUAUAUAUAAUUCUGUAAUUGACUCGGUAGAUAAUGCCAAUAUCGCACUUUAACAAUAUUGAAAUGAAAAGAAAAUUAAACUGUACUUUUUCUUCUUAACUCUCAUCGUGUAGGGACAUGGUGUAAACAGAGAUGAUUUUGUUGACAAGGCCUAAAUAUGGUCUUGUGGUAUUCUAAUAGGGGACUUUACAUCCAAAUAUAGUCUAAAAACAUUUAUUUUCUAAAAAAGUUACUUCGUUUCAUAUUUUAAUGAAAAGGCUUUGAAUAACAAUAGUUAUUUUAAUUACUACUACAUUCAACAGCUCUAAAGCUUCAUAAGCAAAGGGCAU